UUAUUUUAUUUAUAAUUUUUUAUAUUUUUCUAUCGAUUAAUUAUCUAAUCUCUAAACAAACGAAAGCAUUAGCCAACCAAAGUCAGAUCUCUCCACUUUAAAGGAAGUCGCUGGAUGACCAAUCAGGAAGAUCUUCCAUUUUUAGCAACGUGUGGUCUUCAUUCUGUUUACUUUUUUUGUUGUUAUCAAUCAAUCUUAACCUGGAGUCUCCCAGCGCCGAGAUAUGACCCGCAAGGAAGAUUUCAAAAAAUAUAAACUUGUACCAAUUGUAACGGGUGGUAAAAAAAAUAUCCUCACCGGAAAUAUAGAAUAUCCUCCGCUAAUAAAAAAACGGAUGAUUAUACGCGAUAUAUUUGCCAGUGUGUAAUGUACCACUACAUAAACUGAUCAUCGUUUCAAACGAUAUCAUACUUUAUAAAAAUACUAAAAUACAUUCAUUUUUAAUUUCACGUUUAAGUUAUGUUAUUUAUCUUCAAUUAUCUUUAAUAUUAUUUAUUUUCAAUAUCUAUUACAUAUCUUUCUUGCAUAAACUACAAAAAAUAAUUGUUAUAUACUUUUAAUUUCAUGUUUUGUAUACACAACAAGUAAUACAAGAUCGUUACCACUAAAUAUAAUUAUCCAUAAAAAUAAUUUUUAAAUAUUCUUUGUCUUUCAAAUAGUCUGCGUUACUUGCGAAGAAUCGCGCGGUAGAUAGCGUACAGUUUGGUGUGUUGCAGCGAUUGGCUAAGUGUUAAAACAUUAAACUAUAUUAAAAAUCACAAUAAAUAUAAAAUUAAACAUAAUUUAUAUGAUAAAGUUAGAAUAUUAUUUACAACAAUGUGUAAUGUAGAGGAAUUAAUGACUGAUAUUUAUAAUACUUUAUUACAAAUAAAAUAUCCAAAAAUUACAACAGUUAUGGCAAACAACGUAGAAAUAACAAUUCUAAGUGGAAAAAAUCGACUUUCAUUAUUAUCUUGGCUUUUAGCUGAAAAGUCCCCACUGAUAGCUUCCAAAUUUCAAAAAUUAAAAGGCGCUGCUUUAGAAGGGAAAUUGUCCAUGGAAAGAACAACUUCCAACUUUGAGAUUAUUAUUAGAUUUUAUAAAAUGUUUAUUUCUUCAGUCUUCUGAUACUAAAUGCAAUGAAAAAGAAUCCAUUGACGAUAUAUUAAAUGUUUAUAUCAAUGAAGAUCCAAAUACAUUCUUGUGUAAUAUUGAACCAAAAUUAAAUUAUUCUGAAUCUAUGCAAUAUUUUGAAAAUUUGCAGAGUAAUCUAAAUAAACAUGAAGAAUCAUCACCUAUUUGUAAAUCUGAAAAUGAAGACCAUGUAAUGGAACAGGUUUCAGAAGAUGAAAAGGAAGCUAAUGAUCAUAAUCUAGAUUUGUUAUUUAAUGAAGAAAAAAAAAAUUUUAUGGAAGCAUAUUCAUCUGUUGAUUCAUGGUUAAAAUUUAAUAUGAAAAGUGUAAAGAAUAACUCAUACUCCAUGGAUGCUGAUAUCAACAAUAUAUAUACAAAUUUUUCUUCUUUAAUACAGUUUCUACAAGCAAAGGAAGAAAUAUUGAGUACCAAUAUACCAAAAGAGACAAAAAAAUUAAAUACUCCAUUAAAUGAAAUUAUUGGAAAUACUGUUACACAUACUGAAGAAGCUACGAAUAUAUGCAUGGAUACUUGUUAA